AUGAUGGGUGUCUCCAUCGCGAGUUCGCCCUGGCUGGGUCCCAGCGGUCUCCCCUCCUCGGCCUGUUUUCGGACGCCUCGGUCCCGCUGCCCCCGCCCCACCCGCCACCCGGCCGUCCGCGUGAAGGCCGGGCUGGAGCCCAAGAAGCUGACGGCCCAGGACCUGCGGCGCAUCCAGGAGCAGGGCCCCUCCAUCCAGGACCUCACCCGCACGCUCAAGGUGGUUUAUGAACCCCGCAGCGGCAAGGUGGUGGAGCCCCUGGUGCUCACCCACGACUUCGUCCCCCCCUCCGCGCUCACCGCCCCCGUGCUCACGCCCGAGCCCGACUGGCGCCGCAUCCCGGAGAUGCCCUUCAUGGAGCUUUUCGAUGGCCUCCAGCGCCGCAACUGGACGCACCCGCGCUACGACCCCUCGCUACCCAAGUGGGAGCUGGCCUUCUUCCGCGACACCGCCCGCCUGCUGCGCCCGGUGUACAGCGGCUACCGCGUGCUGGUGCAGUGCCCCGCGGAGGGGCGCUCCGCCUGGGUGGCGCUGGACCGGUCGGGGGCCGACGCCUUCCUCCGCGACUACUCCGGCGGUGGGCUGGGCGGCGCCGUGCACAACGCCAAGCGCCUGCCCCAGGUGCUGGUCUCGCCGACGCAGUACGGCUUCAAUCAGGUUUUCGAGCAGCUGUUCCAAGCCUUUGAGGAGGAGGCGACGCCGGCCCAGAUGCACGAGAUCUUCAACAAGGGCUUCUCGCCGCGCAAGGGGACCACCUACUCGUGCCCUGCCGACAAGCAGCUCUCCGUCACCUUCCACCAGACCCUGCCGGAGUACUCCCUGGGCUGGCUAUUCAAGGCCAUCCCACAGUACGGCAUCUACGGCAUCGCGCUUUCUUUUCUCGCCGUGGUUCUGGCCGUCGGUAUCUUUAAGCCUCGCAAGCAGAUGCCCAUUGACCUCUUCAUGGCGCUGGAGUUUGCGCAGUCCAAGGGCAAGGCGCGCAAGGAUGGCACCACGGGCGUGGGCUUUGCCGACGUGGGCGGCAUCGGCACCGCCAUCCACGACCUGAACGACGUGGUGGCCUUCCUCAAGGCCCCGCUGCAGUACGCGGGUAUGAAGGCGCGGCCGCCCAAGGGCAUCCUGCUGGAGGGCGACCCCGGCACGGGCAAGACGCUGGUGGCCAAGGCGGUGGCGGGCGAGGCGGGCGUGGCCUUCUACCAGAUGGCGGGGUCCGAGUUCGUGGAGGCGAUCGUGGGCGUGGGCGCGUCGCGCGUGCGCGACCUGUUCAAGCGAGCCAUGGUGAACGCGCCCUGCAUCAUCUUCGUGGACGAGAUCGAUGCGCUGGGCAUCAAGCGCGCCGACGCGGGGGUGGGCACCAACGAGGAGCGGGAGCAGACGCUGAACCAGCUGCUGACGGAGAUGGACGGCUUCAGCCCCAGCCUGGGCGUGAUGUUCAUCGGCGCCACCAACCGCGCCGAUCUAUUGGACCCGGCGCUGCUGAGGGCGGGGCGCUUCGACCGCCGCAUCCGCAUCAACCUGCCGGACGAGGUGGGGCGGGAGGAGAUCCUGCGCAUCCAUGCGCGGCGGACCAGCAUGGACCCGGGCGUGGACCUCGCCCAGCUGGCAAAAGACCUGCCCGGGCUGUCGGGCGCAGAGCUGGGCAACGUGAUCAACGAGAGCAUCCUGGAGUGCCUGAGGCGGCGCGGCACCACCGUCACCCAGCGCGACGUCGACAACGGCGUGGACCGUGUCGUGCAGGGCGUGCGCCUGCCGCCGCUGCCCAAGCACUACGCCAUGCGCCGCCGCCUGGCGCUGCACGAGGCGGGGACGGGCGUGCUCUCCACCUUGCUGCGGGCGCGCAGCGGGCACGUGGAGGCCGUGGAGCGCAUGAGCCUGGUGGGGCGCGGGCGCGAGCUGUCGCGCACCGUGCUGGCGCGGGGGCGGGACGAGACCUACCUCCUGGUCACGCGCGCGCGCCUGCGCGACCGCAUGCGCGUCGCGCUGGCGGGGCGGGCCGCGGAGCACCUGUUCCUGGGGGAGGCCAGUAGCUACUGCGACAAGGACCUCCAGGACGCGCGGCGCAUCGCGAUGCGCACGGUCACCGCCUACUGCCUCUCCGACCUGGGCCUGGUCAGCUACUCCCCGCCCCCCGUCCCCUCCAUGGAGAAUCAGAUGUUUGGGUUCGAGGUCAACCCCGACCGCAUCGACGACAACCUGUUUGGGCACGCGGUGCCCGGCGGCGGCUUCCAGCCCACCGACGCCACCUGGAACGCGGUGUGCCGCGCCGCCAGCGACCUCAUCCUGGCAGCCUACAACGACAACAUGGAGGAGCUGGCGCGGCACGAGCCGGCGGUGCAGGCCGUCGCCGACGCCCUGCUGCGCCAGGAGACGGUGCUGGGUGAGGAGCUGGAGGCCAUCAUGGCCUCGCACCCGCCCGCGGCACCCGUGCGCGAGGUGCCCCGCCUCGCGCACGACUUUGAUGCCAUGGGCGGGAUGGUGGGCGAGUUCCACCGCUACCAGCGCCUGGAGGCCGCCGAGCGGGAGGCCAGGAAGGCGGGCGAGGGCAGGGGCCUGGGCGCGGGGGAGUUGUGGGAGGAGGCCAUCCGUCGCGCGCCCAUCGGCGCGGGAAGCGGCGGCUAG